CUCCCUGAUUCUCUCUCUUCCUUAAUCAUUAAUAUCAUCAUCCACGUUUUACUCCAUCUAUUCGCUGCAAAAAUCCCAAAUCUCCCACUUCUUUUGUAUUUCUCUUUCACAUCCGGAAGCCCAUAAGACCUCUUUUACUCCCUUUCUGUAACUCUCAUUUGAUUUUGAUCUCUUCUUUCCUUCAUAGAUCCAGCCCUUCUUCUUCUAUCAAAGCAGUUAAUAUAGCCACAUAUAAGAGAGGAAAUCGAAUUAAAGCUGAUCCUUGGAAUCCGAUAAAGAGCAGUACGAUUAGAUCUAAAGAGCCAUGUCGUUUACCGGUACCCAACAGAAAUGCAAGGCUUGUGAAAAGACUGUUUAUCCGGUGGAACUUUUGUCUGCAGAUGGAGUUCCUUACCAUAAAUCUUGCUUCAAGUGCAGUCAUUGCAAAGGGACUCUAAAGUUGGCUAAUUACUCCUCAAUGGAAGGUGUUCUUUAUUGCAAGCCUCAUUUCGAGCAACUCUUCAAGGAGACGGGUAACUUCAACAAGAAUUUCCAGUCACCUGCAAAGACAGCUGAGAAGUUAACUCCUGACCUGACGAGAUCACCGAGCAAAGCUGCCAGGAUGUUUUCUGGGACGGUCGAAAAAUGUGCUACUUGUAGCAAAACCGCAUAUCCACUUGAGAAGGUAACCGUGGAAGGACAGUCUUACCACAAAUCAUGUUUCAAGUGCUCUCAUGGUGGCUGCUCUUUAAGUCCAUCAAAUUAUGCAGCACUUGAAGGCAUCCUGUAUUGCAAACAUCACUUUUCCCAGCUCUUCAAGGAGAAAGGAAGCUACAACCAUCUUAUCAAAUCCGCAUCAAUUAAGCGCGCGGCCGCAUCCGUUCCCGAGGCUUGAAUACCUUCGAAUGUUCUCCUUUUUUUCCCGUAUUUGCUCGUGUGAUUUCUUAUUGAUCUCUCAGAUUUUAUGGUCGGGAUGGAACCAGGAAAAAAAGAACUCCGGUUCGUCUCCGUUCGCUUACGGACAUUAAUCUGCAUUUAAGCAUGGUGUUUGUAUGAUCUAUGUAGAAGUGAAUAUUGUAAAACAACUCUUUCAAGGUUUUAUCAAAUUCAGAUUGUCUCAGUGCAAAUUACUAUUUA